CAACACUACAAGGAUGGGACAAAAAGAACCAAAAAGAAAAUUGAAGUGAUAAUUUUCUCAAAUUAAUGGAACAAACAAUGAUCAUGCGAGAAGGCAAGACAAGCACGCGUCCUCCUUGGACUAUGGGAUCAAUGCAAAAAUAUUCUUCUAGGCGUUAAUUUAAAUGUUCCAAAUUCAAACACAUCUUAGGUACAGUCACAUUCCUCCUCUCAAAGCUUCAUCUCCGUCACCCAAUAAUACAGGCACAGAGAAGGCCGAAAUCAAACCCAAUCUCUUCCGAGCUUACCAUGUUAUCACGACCAUUAUCUACGGUUGCAACAAUACUAUUUGUUGUUGCACAAAUAUUUGUGACUGUGAUUUCAAUCUCAGAGGGUGAUAAGAUCAGCAGCUUGCCGGGGCAGCCCACGGUGAAGUUCCAGCAAUAUGCCGGUUACAUUACCGUCAACGACAAGCAGCAGAGAGCUUUGUUUUACUACUUUGCAGAAGCAGAAGUAGACCCUGCUUCCAAGCCUCUGGUUCUCUGGUUGAAUGGAGGGCCUGGGUGUUCGUCUCUCGGAGCUGGAGCUUUUGUUGAGCAUGGACCUUUCAAACCGACCGAAAAUGGUCUGGUUAAGAAUAAUUGUAGCUGGAACAAAGAGGCAAAUAUGCUAUACCUGGAAUCACCAGCUGGAGUUGGUUUCUCUUACUCUGCCAACAAAUCUUUCUACGGCUUUGUCAACGAUGAAAUAACAGCAAGGGAUAAUCUUGCUUUCCUUCAGCGUUGGUUUGAUAAGUUUCCACAGUACAAGAAUGCUGAUUUCUUUAUCACUGGCGAAAGCUAUGCAGGCCAUUAUGUUCCUCAGCUUGCACAACUCAUUGUUCAAACCAAGACUCCGUUCAAUCUCAAGGGAAUCGCAAUAGGGAAUCCUCUGUUAGAGUUUAACACAGAUUUCAACUCAAGGGCAGAAUAUUUUUGGUCUCAUGGACUAAUAUCAGAUUCAACUUUCGAGAGGUUGAACACAGUAUGUAACUAUUCCCAAAUCAGGAGGCAAGUUCAAAGCGGAGCUCUCACUCCAGUCUGUGCGGGAGUUAAUAAACUAAUGUCGAGGGAAAUUGGUAAAUAUGUUGAUACUUAUGACGUCACUCUUGAUGUCUGCUUGUCAACAAUAAAUCAACAAUCUUUUGUGUUAAACCAAUUGCAAGAGACCCAAAAGGUUGACGUUUGUGCAGGCGAUGAAACAAAUGAUUACCUAAACAGGAAAGAUGUACAAGAAGCUCUCCAUGCUAAGCUUGUAGGACUCACCACAUGGUCUGUUUGUAGCGAAGUUGUCAAAUAUGACUUGCAGAAUCUAGAGACACCAACAAUUCCUAUCCUCGGGAAACUUGUUGAGUCAGGCAUUCGAGUUAUGGUAUAUAGCGGAGAUCAAGAUUCGGUGCUUCCACUAACCGGGUCGCGAGCUCUAGUAAAUGCGCUAGCCAAGGAAAUUAGAUUCAAUACGACCGUGCCCUACAGAGCGUGGUUUGAAGGCAGACAGGUUGCGGGAUGGACACAAGUGUAUGGUGGCAUUUUAUCAUUCGCCACAAUAAGAGGGGCAGCUCAUGAAGCUCCAUUUUCACAGCCAGAGAGAUCACUCGUGCUAUUUAAAUCAUUUUUGGAAGGCAAACCACUUCCUGAAUUCCCUUCUUCAUGAAUACGUAUCACAAAUACCUCUAUUCGCUAUAUUCAGUAACGCAAACACAAUUUCGAUAAACCCUGUCUGAACUUGUUAUUGCUAAACUCUCUUAAUUUAUAUUUUUUUUUCUCUA